AUGGCGUCACGAGGAGCUGUUCAUACACAAACACAGACGCAUACGAGAAAUCCGGCGGCGGAGAUGAUGGCCUCUCGGAUUCCUAUACUGCCCUCCAGCAGCUCGUAUGCACAGGGACGGCCUAAACAGAGCAUACCGAAGCCGUCGUCGAUCCCCCGAAGUAGACGGGAUUCAUCUGCAUCAGAGUCGGAGGACUAUAGCAGACUGAGGAUGGUGAGGUCGAAUUCAUCCUCGAGGAAGCCGUCAAAGGAAGCUAGCUUGUCCGUCGGAUCGUCGAAACCUUCGUACUCUCUAAUGCCGCCCGCUCGCUACUAUACGGCACCUCCUAGCCACGCUCCUUCACCCAAGGUACCACCGCCUACGCAAAAUCCACCGCCGCCACAGCAGUCGUCAUCGUCGACUACUACUUCUUCUUGGAAAUUCGGGCGAUCGACACAGCCCGAGGUACGGCCGCGGAAUGUUCUUCGGAGAAAGGCUCCUUCGAUAGAGCAGUAUGCGGAGCGGAACAGAGCAAGACUCCAGGCUUCGAUGCCGGAGAAACCUGAAGUGGAAAUACCCCAGAUUGAAGCACCAGAGAAGCUCGCAUCAAAUGAUAACCAUAAUGCACCAGCUAGGCCCUCGGUUGAUCAUGUACCGGCCCGACCACUGUACACUACCCCUACCCCAUCCUCGCAACCGCCUGCGAUGGAGCCCAGACCUACAACAGCAGGAUCACAAUCUCGCAUCCCAAAGGAAUUCGCUGGUCUAUCAACGUCUAUAAACACGCUGAAUCUACCGCCUCCCACACCGAACUUCACCGGUGGCAGCAGUCCAUCCACCCGAUACACUGAUUCUCCUGGCAUGUGGAGUAGAGGAUCGACCCCAACAUCACUAUCGUCCUAUUCUCCUGGAAUAAUACAUCCAACUCAUAGCUCACGGCUAAAACAACCCAGUCCGACCAUAUUCAGAGCCCAAAGGUUCCGUCCAAGCUUGGCAGCCACGCCUUCAUUUGAUGAAACUAAAAGCACAGCUUCGACUUCCACCCGACUUCCUCGACGAUCCCAGACCGAACCUGUUCCACGGCCAUCAACUUCUGGUCUUGGAGUGAGAGAAACUAGCCGCCAUGACGUCCCCGAAGUCCAGCAUGCGCCCAUGCACCAUGCUAGUCAAGUUGAGUGGCAGUCUGUGGGUACUGACUAUCCUGACCCAAGGGAUGUUGAGUCUACUGGGAUUAACAGGAAAGAAGAUGUGGUUACUCCAAGAAUAGAAGAGCCAUCCCUGCUUCCAAGUUCAGUAUCCACACCUCGACUCUCUCCAAGCAGGCCGAGUCGAAAGGGUGCUGAACCACUGAAGCUGGAAUCAUCACCUGUUAUUUGGAGUAACCUCGCCUCGUCUAGGCUCCCUACCCACAAACGACGAGGGUCAUCAAGUUCUAAUACCCGUUCCAAAUCCCCCGCCAUCCCUACGUCCUUCGUGAAUGCCUCGACAGAAUCACUCCAGUCUAGAAGUUCGUCUAGAAUACCUGCGCUUUCCCCAUCGCCGAACCAACUCGACGGUAGCAGUCGACCACAGCUACGAUCCGCAACCCCCAAGGGCAUAAAGCUUGUUAGGAAAUCCUCUGUUUCUGCCAAAGAAUCCAAACCCGAACCCAAGGAACUGAAGGAGCCAAAACAACAGCAACAGCAGGCUACCAGCGCCCCAAAGCGGCUUGGACUGUUCCCAAAGAAGUCAAAGACCAUUCCUGAAGUGACACUGCCGGGUCAUAGUGAUGGACGCUCCCGCAGGUGCCCUUCUGCUGGAACCGGACAUGAGGGCUAUGGCAAAUAUUCCCAGCGAGGCAGACGAACGAGUAUCGGAAGCAGUGCCUCAAGGGCGAGGUCAACGAGUACAAGUAGGUCACUUGGUAACAACAGCGUUACCAGCAGUCAAAUGGGACAUGAGAUCGAUGACUUCCUUUCCGAUCGCUUGGAACCCGUCGUCAUCAGCGGCGGUGGUAUAGAUGGGGCCGCUUUGGCUCGCACCGAGAGCGGACAGAGCGAGAGUAGCAUGAGUGUCGCUUCAGUCAUCGGCGGCUCUAUGACUACUCCUCAAGUGACACUUGUUCAAAGCCCAGAGCCAAUGAAUUCUCCACCUCAGCGUUCUCUUUUGGAUCCCGGAAAUCCGCAGAGCCAACAGCCGGAGGUGAAACGGCGGCGCUCCUUUCGCAAUUCGAACAUAUUUGGAAGCCAGAAAACAUCAAGUCACUAUCUGUCGGUGGCUGAACCUCGAACCUCCACUUCCAGACGUCCGUCGGAUGCUAGUACCGAUAGUCGCCCAGAGAUAUCUUAUCAAGAUACCCCCAAUCUAUCUGCAUCGUCAGAAUCCAAGACCAAGGGCGAGACUAAGAAGAAGAAAUCGGAAAAAUCAGGAAGAUGGAAUUUCUUCCAACGCAGCCACCCAAACCUUCAAGGAGAGAAGAAGCCAAAGGAAGAGCCAGAGCCAGCUCCCGGAAUGCCUGCAGCCAUAUCUCAUCUUCCGUCUUCUCGUGCAGUUGCCCAUUAUGCGAUUCUUGACAAUGAGCAGAUCGACUCUGAUCCAUUAGAAGAUAUAAUGACCCGAGUGGAAGAAUCACCGCCAACAGAGGAUGAAAUGGAAGCUGCCAACGGGCUUGGGCUGAGAGCGAAACAUGGCCAAUCAAUCUUACUACCAGAGCCACCCGUUUGCAUAAUCAACAAUCGUUCUGAGAGGCGUCCUUCCUCCCCCAAGGUGUUUUUCAACACGGACAUUCUUCCCCCAGUCUCAGCGUCAAAGGUUGCUCGGACAGGUCGACCCAGCCGCUUAGCUUCUGUUGGUAGGAUACCUCCAGUCGUCCCAAGUGCGAGGAACCAGCACAAGCCAUCCCUCCAAUCGUUUUCGCGCCCUUUCAGUGUGGGAGAAGGACCUUCUCUAACCGUGACGGCCGCAGCUGGAGUACCUACCCAUAUGGGUAUGGCUGAUAACCCACCGAAUCGAUUCGGCCUACGUCCACCAACCCGAGAGGAGUUUCUUUCCUUUUCUCCAAGAAAAGGCUCCGAGGUUUCAGUCUCAUCUGAGAGUGCGGAUAGUGGAAGUCUGGCAGCUGUUACUGCAGUCCUCCCCUUCCCCGGCUCAAAGCUUACAGACGAUGAAAUCUGGCAAGAAUACGAUGAUUUUCUAGACAAGGUGACAUCGCCGCAGACCCCAGAAGAUGGCCUCUUGCACACUCCUCGAUCCUUCAACUUGGCUACCAGAGCUUCCAAAGUUCUGCAAGAAGGCUUGAGCGGAACUAAAGACGUUUCUCCUCAAAUCUCCCCAUUGCAGUUGCAAUACCCGGAAAUUUCUACGCCUAAAUUACCUGACCACAGCUCGAUCCACCUCAGCCGUUCUAUGAUUCUCUCUGCAUUGCACUCAUCCAUUGCACCCUCUGAACCCAUGUCACUCGGUGAACUCCUAUCAGCGUACGCUGGGAGCAAGCAAAACUCCGCAGACUUCACCGGUGUCGAUAAUCCAUAUGCCGCUCUGGAAGAAGAAACACAACCUGAUGCCAAUCAAGCGAAGCAGAUACAAAAAGAGAAUAAUCUCCAACCGAUUGAAGAAGAUCAGGACCAUGAUGACCCAAUGGAGCAGGCGAACGUCCGUUCAGGCUCGCUCAUGACAAGCCGUUGGUUAUCUUUCGGUCGUGUCCUCUUUAGUCCAGCGAAAAAUCAUAUGCAACCGCAGGAUCAAGCUCGCAUUCUAGUUAUUGAUGGCCUAGGCAAUGAUGACUGGUCAUUUUACUGUGCCUUGACUUACCCUUCUGCAGUCGUUUACAACCUCACCUCCAAUACUCAACCGCAGUCGGCACCAAGUAAUCCAGCGGCAUGGGACCCUCCACCGAAUCAUCGUACCAUCCAUCGCUCCGGUAUAAAGACACCGUUCCCUUUCCCUAAGGGAUUCUUUACCGUGGCUGUUAUGCGCUUCCCAGCAGCAUGCUCUGAAACUGCAUAUGACACUGCCAUCUCAGAGUGCAAUCGUGUUCUCCGCCCCGGUGGAUACCUAGAGCUCAGCGUCAUGGAUUUGGAUAUGGUCAACAUGGGUAGCCGUACUCGGAAGGCAGUUCGGAUGUUAAAAGAACGAAUCUACACAACGGAUCCUAACAUUUGUCUCAAGCCUGCCAGCGACAACAUCCAAAGGCUUCUUGGCAAGCGAGGAUUUGCCAAUUUGAAUCGGUGUAUGGUCGUUGUUCCUGUUGCUGGUACCAUCGUACAAUCGUCAGACACCUCAAGUUCCAGCCAAUCUAUCGCAAACAUUCCACAUCAACAUUAUGGCUCCAAUCUCCCCCAGUGGGCAGAUAACACGUCGAACAAGAAGCACAAACGAGACCCUUCUGACGAUGUGAACAUCUCACUCGGUGACCUCCUCUCUGACCCUUCACCUUCACCAUCAAACGACGAGUCCAUUGCCAAGAUGGUCGCAAAAGUUGCUCGAUGGUGGCAUACACGGUGUUACGAACUAGCCGUCUUCAACGAUAGCCAUAACAAGGAUAUCUGGGCUGACAAGAAACUUCUACGAGAAUGCAGAAGACGCGGCACUGGGUUUAGGCUACUUAUCGCCUAUGCACAGAAACCCAGUGAAGUCACAAGAAGAACAGCGAGCGUAUAA